AUGCAGUCUCAGACCGAUAAAAAGGAUAUCCUCAACAACUUCCCAGGGCUUGCACCCUUCCCAGAUGACGUCUCUACAGCACCCCUGCUUCGACUAUCGUCCGGAAAGCUGCUAGCAGGUGACCAUACAGAGCAUGAAAGACUGUUCCAAGCAUCUACCGAUAUUGGAUUCUUCUAUCUCGAUUUAACCGACUCAGAGCAAGGCUCAUCACUCCUCGGCGACGCAGAUAAUCUGUUCCAAGUCGGCGAGAGACUAUUUGAGCUGAGUCUUGAGGAGAAACAACAGUAUGAUUUCAGCGGACAGAAUUCUUACUUUGGAUACAAAGCGCAGGGAGCUGCGGUGGUUGACAAGCAGGGGAAUCUGGACCGGAACGAGUUCUACAAUGUUUCCAAAGACGAUAUUUUAGGCGUCAGUGAUCCUCUGCCAGCACCAGAGACCCUGAAUAAAAGCCGAGCCCGACUGGGAUCAUUCAUGCAAGGAUCACAUGCAAUCGUAACCCUAAUUCUGGACAUCCUGAACGAUCAACUUGCCCUACCAAAAGACACGUUAUCCAAUCUACACCGACAACAAGCGGUAAGCGGUGACCAGGUGCGGUUCGUCAAAGCCCCACCACAGCCAGUAGACGACAGACGCACCGCGCUGGGCCAGCACACCGACUUUGGAAGCGUGACGGUUCUUUUCAACCGACUGGGGGGACUGCAAGUGCUACCGCCCGGUGCUGAUGCCGAAUGGGUCUAUGUCAGACCACUUCCUGGUCAUGCUAUUGUAAACCUUGGGGAUGCAAUGGUCAAGUUUACGAAUGGGCUGUUUCGGUCGAACAUUCACCGGGUUGUGGCACCGCCGGGGCUCCAGGCUGAGUCGACGCGGUACAGUCUCGUGUACUUUGCACGACCUGAGGAUAGUGUGAUGUUGCGUCGGUUGGAGGGAUCUAAUCGGAUUCCUCUUAUGGAAGAUGGUGAGAGUGAAGAGGAAAUCAAUAGCAAGGACUGGAUUAUUCGGCGGGCUUUGGGUCGUCGGGUGGACCGUGUUAAUGAUCUUGAUUUUGAGAAGUCUGCAGGGACGGAGCAACUAAGUCGGAGGAUCAAGGUUUAG